GGGCGCUUUCUCCAUCGUCCGGAGAUGCGUGAAGGUGUUGGCAGGACAAGAGUAUGCGGCCAAGAUUAUCAACACCAAGAAGCUGUCUGCUCGAGACCACCAGAAGCUGGAGCGAGAAGCCCGGAUCUGCCGCCUCCUGAAGCACCCCAACAUUGUGAGGCUCCACGACAGCAUCUCUGAGGAGGGCCACCACUACCUGAUAUUUGACCUGGUCACUGGCGGGGAGCUGUUUGAGGACAUUGUGGCCAGGGAGUACUACAGUGAAGCGGAUGCCAGCCACUGCAUCCAGCAGAUCCUGGAGGCUGUCCUGCACUGCCACCAGAUGGGGGUGGUCCACCGAGAUCUGAAGCCCGAGAACCUCCUGCUGGCCUCCAAGCUGAAGGGUGCUGCCGUCAAGCUGGCUGACUUCGGCCUUGCCAUCGAGGUGGAGGGGGACCAGCAAGCAUGGUUUGGUUUCGCUGGCACCCCGGGAUACCUGUCCCCCGAGGUGCUCCGGAAGGACCCCUAUGGCAAAGCUGUGGACCUGUGGGCUUGUGGCGUCAUCCUCUACAUCCUGCUGGUGGGGUACCCACCCUUUUGGGAUGAAGACCAGCACCGACUCUACCAGCAGAUCAAGGCUGGGGCUUAUGAUUUCCCAUCCCCUGAGUGGGACACAGUCACUCCUGAAGCAAAAGAUCUCAUCAACAAGAUGCUGACCAUAAACCCAUCCAAGCGCAUCACGGCAGCAGAGGCUCUGAAGCACCCCUGGAUUUCGCACCGUGCCACUGUGGCGUCAUGCAUGCACAGGCAGGAGACAGUGGACUGCCUGAAGAAGUUCAAUGCCCGGAGGAAGCUGAAGGGAGCCAUCCUCACCACCAUGCUGGCCACCAGGAACUUCUCCG